UUAUUCCUCUUCCGUUUGCCAGUAGGCUCAGAUCCUGUGGGCUUCAUGCAGGUUACAAAUAUAAUGACCAAGGGGGUGAGUGGGUGAUGGUGAAAUAUUUCUGCUGAGAGGAAGUUGAGCACUUUCAGUACGCAUGCAGCAUGGACACACAUCUCUCUACACUGCUGGGACUAUUCAUACUUCAUGUACAGCUUCACUCAGUGUCUGUAGCUGGGCUGCUUGUGCUGGAGGGAGGAUCAGUCACUCUGAAUGUGACAGGACAUGAAGACAAAAAGAACUUUAAAAAAAUGUCAUGGAAUUUCAAUGAUCAAGAUAUUGUGGAGUACAUCCAUAAAACCAGUUAUGUGCUUUAUGAGAGGGAUUAUGAAGCCAGAAUGGAGUUUGAUGUGAACACCUUCUCCCUGCGGCUGAAGAAUCUGCAGAAGACGGACUCUGGACACUACAAAGCAGAGAGGGUUACAUAUGGACAACUAAAAGAGACUGUAUCUGAGUACACCAUUUAUGUCCUGGAGCCUGCAGCAGCCCCCACUCUGACUGUGGUGUCUAACUGGUCCAGCAGUGACUCCUGUAGUGUGACUCUAAACUGCACAGGACUCAACGUGUCUCUGAUCUCCAGAUGUAACGGCGCCUUCUGCUCUCAGGAGGAAGGAGUCACAUCCCUCUCCAUCUCUCUCAACCACAGCACUGUCUCCUGUAACCAUAGCAACCCUGUUAGCUGGAGCCAGACUACCAUGGACCUUAAACCACUCUGCCCACUGCACAGAGAUGAUUUAGCGCCCCCUGUUGGAAUGUCUCCAUGUCUGCUGAAGGCCCUGCUGGUGACUGUAGUUCUGAUCACCAUGGUUACUGCUGUCAUCACUGUUCACAUCAGAGUGAAACUUGAUAAAUCAAAAUAAAUAUGUGCACACACACACACACAUUCUGUGUUAUGUUGAACUUUGCCUUUGCCACUUGUAAAGCGCUUAGAUUUUUUAUUCUAUUUGUUUGUUUUAGAAAUAUUCUAGUCUUCUAUUUCUAGUCUUCUGAUUAAAUCAGGAGUCCCUGAGCUCUGUGUCCCUCUUCCUUCCCUGCUCAUUAUUCCUCACUAAACAGUCUGCACAAACCCCCUAUGAGGCAUAAUGUGAGAGCUGAACCCUCUAGAGUGGAGCAGAUAUGGAUUCAUAUGAGAGCUGAACCCUCUAGAGUGGAGCAGAUAUGGAUUCAUAUGAGAGCUGAACCCUCUAGAGUGGAGCAGAUAUGGAUUCAUAUGACAGCUCUAGAGUGGAGGAGACGUGGAGAUGAGGUUUUGUGUUUAAAACCAGUUCAUCUUCAGUGUCCGGCCGGCGGGACGGUUACCCCCCUCCCCAACCUCCCCCCAACAUUCUAAAUCAGUGGUCCCCAAACUACGGCACCUCAUUUUAGGUGGCCCCCCAAAACAUGUCCGUGGUAUAUAGGAUCCGGCCCGCACAGGAGUAUCACAUCAUCAAACUAUAACCUCCGUAAUUUUCCCCAUUCAUUCUCUAUGGCGGGUCUUAACAGUACACAUGUAAUACUCUUUUUGUCC